AUGCAUACAUGUGCAUGUGAGAGGAACCACCUGAACUCGUCCCUGGAGCAGCGCUUCCGUGCGCUGGAGCUGCAGUACGCGGAGACGGACACCCUGCUGCACGUGCACGGCACGCUGUUGCUGGAGCUGCAGGCGCAGGUCCGCAACCUGACCGUGACCGUGGAGCGCGUCAAGCGCAACCCCGGCUGCAUGAUCAACAUCGUCAGGACCUCGCCCCUGCUCAGCACGCAGCAGGCCCUGCACCCGGAGGUGCAGCAUGUGAGAAACUGUCCCAUAGACUGUGCGUCUCUCUACUACAACGGCGUGCAUCGUUCUGGGGUGUACACUGUGGUGCCCUCCCUGGGCUCUCUCCCUGUGGAGGUCUACUGUGACAUGGAGACAGAGGGCGGGGGCUGGACGGUGUUCCAGAGGCGUCAGGAUGGGAAGGUGAACUUCAACCGUAAGUGGCAGGACUACAGGGACGGUUUCGGGGAGCUGAGGGCCGAGCACUGGCUGGGGAACGACCACCUGCACCACCUGACAGGGCAGGGAGACUACAGCCUGAGGAUAGACCUGGAGGACUGGAUGCACAAACACAAACACGCUCUCUACCAGAGCUUCAGCAUAGAGGAUGAGGAGAACCAGUACCGCCUCCACGUGUCUGGGUUCAGCGGCACUGUGGAGGACUCGUUCGGGUGGUACCACGACAAGCAGAGUUUCAGCACCCCAGACACAGGUAACAUCUGUGCAGAGAUCUCCCAUGCGGGGUGGUGGUACCAUCAGUGCUUCUACGCCAACCUCAAUGGAGUCUACUACAAGGGGGGGCGCUACCUGUCCAAGAGUAAGAACCUGUUGGGACCUGAUGGAGUGGUCUGGUACACCUGGAAGGACUCGGAUUAUUACUCCAUGAGGAAGGUCACCAUGAUGAUACGACCACGAACCUUCCGGCCCCGCCUGUCCCCGUGACGUCUCCUCGACGACGGGAGUGGCCGUGACAUCACAGAGACAGCUGGUCGGGGGAGUCACACCAUUGGCUGAGGUGCUCGUGGAGUAGCCCACAUACCAGGGGUCAGCACGCCAUGGAAUGGACAGAGGGGCUGGGCAGAGGGGAUGGCCAGCAUUGUGACUUUCCCUUUCUCCUGAGAGAGAGACAGAGAGAGAGAGAGACAGAGAGACAGAGAGACAGAGAGACAGAGAGACAGAGAGAGAGAGAGAGAGAGAGAGAGAGAGAGAGAGAGAGAGAGAGAGAGAGAGAGAGAGAGAGAGAGAGAGAGACAGAGACAGA